AUGUUUUUGUUAACAGAAGCUAACAAUCUUUAUGGAAGAGAUCUAAACUUAAAGGGUCAAUAUAUGGAAAUAUUUCAUUUUCUUUCAGGUAGUCCUCAUGCUAUUUAUUAUUCACCCACUAUUAUGCAAAAAAAUAUGGAUGAGCUAAGAAAUUUGAUAUUAAAUAUGAAGUUUGUUCCAUUUCCUCCACAAAAAGUUAAAGAAACAGCUCAAUAUAUUAAUGAUUUAGUAUUACAAGGAGCGAUAUUGAUUCUUUUACCGCCUGUUCAAACUAUUAGAUGGACUAUACCAGAUAAGAAAGUUGCUAUUGAACGUUUUCAGGAAUUAAUUGAUUUGGGAUUUCAGUUAAACUAUAAGAUUAUUCUUAAUAUUUUUCAACUUUUUGAACCUAGAUUAAACAAUGUUGAGAUUAAGAAGGAAAAACAAGAGGAUUUGUUAUGUAAAUGUCUAAAGGAAAUGAUGAAUCCUACUUAUAAACCAAAUAAUACAAUUGUACAAGAGUUUAUUUACACAAAUUUAGCCAGAACACCUGAUAAGAAAUUUGCGAAUGAAUUUAGUAAUUCUGGAGUAAUCAAGAGUAUUAUUGGAGAAAUUAGCAACAAACAAAAUGAAGCAAAAGCCUAUUCGAUUAUAAUCUCUUGUUGGUUAAUAGGAUUCAUCGUUGGACUAAUUAUCAAUAACCCUUACCUUUUACCAUGUUUGAUAGUAGCUUUUAUUAUUUUGAUUGGUGUCUUAACCAAGUAUUUCAAACUCAAAGAAAUAUUCAAAAGUUAUAAAGAUGAUGAAAAUGUAGCUUUAUUAACGAGAAAUAAUCCAUACAAAAGAGAAACAGUUAAAAUGAGUAUUUUUAAUAUAUCUUCGGCUUCAUGA